AGUAGUGAUCCUAAAAGUAGGGCGUUGCGUCGUAUCUUGUUUUAUUAAUUAACUAUUAAAAUAAAUUAAGUUUAUCAUUGCCAACAUGGGGAAUUAUUUCACAGUAAACAUUGAAGAAAAUUAUAAAAAGAAUCAAGAUUUUAUUCAGACAAUUAAUAAAAUUAAGAUGGAAAGACAGAUUCAGUUGCAAUAUCAACUGCAAGAGCGACAAAUGGCAUUGCAAAUUGCUAAAAAUAGGGAUACCUGUCUUUGGAUGACAACUUUUUACAUUACCGCAGCCUCUGGCUUAUUCACAGGUUUCAGGAGGACAAAGAGGCCCUACCUUCUGAUGCCUCUAAUACCCUUAACAUUUGUGACCCUUUAUUAUUGGGACCUUGCCUAUGGAAACAAAGUCCAUAGGAUUAGAAUGGAAGCUGAACACAUCAUGACCCAUGAAGCAGAGUCCCUGGAGUGGCCGUGCGGUCUUCCAUCUCCGUCUUCCAUCGACAUCGGACGCGAGGACGAGGAAGAGAAAAAACGAAUCCAUCCACCACUUCUGUAAACUGUUCGUCAACAAUAUCAAUGUUCAGGCAUGUGCCUUUAGCUUUGUAAUUCAAAAAGCGUUUAAAAUUAAAUCGUUAUCCGGGAAUUACUUAGGAAAAAU